CCUGUAUCUGCUAGUUCCUGUGUGGUUUGCCUACAGACUGCAGGGCUGACUGGGGGUAGAUUGGAGGAGGGAGUCAGAAGUAGGGAGGAGGAGGCACUAUUAAUGGAUCUGUGUGUGUGUACCCUCUUUGAGUGUGGUACUUGGAAGACAGCGCAAGGUGGAUCUGUACUCUAAAAUGCAGUAAUUUUGAUGUUUGAAUUCAUCUUCCUUCUUGCAAGAGAGGAUUCUAAUAACUCGGGGUCAAAGCCAAGACAUAGACUCAACCUCUUCUCUUCUAAAAGCUUCACAGGACAACAUGGAAGCCAUCGCCAAGUUUGACUUCACUGCCUCAGGGGAGGAUGAACUGAGCUUUCACACUGGAGAUGUUCUGAAGAUCUUAAGUAACCAAGAGGAGUGGUUCAAGGCGGAGCUUGGGAGCCAAGAAGGAUAUGUGCCCAAGAAUUUUAUAGACAUCCAGUUUCCUGAAUGGUUUCACGAAGGCCUCUCGAGACACCAGGCAGAGAACUUACUCAUGGGCAAGGAGGUUGGUUUCUUCAUCAUCCGGGCCAGCCAGAGCUCCCCAGGGGACUUCUCUAUCUCCGUCAGGCAUGAGGAUGAUGUUCAGCACUUCAAGGUCAUGAGAGACAACAAGGGUAAUUACUUCCUGUGGACAGAGAAGUUUCCAUCCCUAAAUAAACUGGUGGACUACUACAGGACGACUUCCAUCUCCAAACAGAAGCAGAUCUUUCUGAGGGAUAGAACCCGAGAGGAUCAGGGUCGCCGGGGCAACAGCCUGGACCGGAGGCUCCAGGGAGGCCCACAUCUCAGUGGGGCUGUGGGAGAGGAAAUCCGGCCCUCAAUGAACCGGAAGCUGUCAGAUCACCCACCACCCGCUCCCUUGCAGUAUCCCCCGGGACCGCCACCACAGCAGCAGCGGUAUCUGCAGCAUCACCAUCUUCAUCAGGAACGCCGUGGAGGCAGCCUUGACAUAAACGACGGACACUGUGGCUUGGGCAUGGGUGGCGAAAUGAAUGCCGCCCUCAUGCACCGGAGACACACAGACCCGGUGCAACUCCAAGUGGCUGGGCGAGUGCGGUGGGCCCGGGCGCUGUACGACUUUGAGGCCCUCGAGGAUGACGAGCUGGGAUUCCGCUGCGGAGAGGUGGUGGAGGUUCUGGAUAGUUCCAACCCGUCCUGGUGGACUGGCCGCCUGCACAACAAGCUGGGCCUCUUCCCUGCCAACUACGUGGCCCCCAUGACCCGAUGAAGCCCUUCUGGAGCAGUCAGAGGCUUUCGUCUGAAGCUGCCUGCAAGAGAGGGGGCAAGGAAGAAAAGUUGGGACUAUAUACACGUAUAUAUAUGUGCGUGUAUGUGUGUAUUUACACAUACACGCACAUAUAUAUAUGCCUGUGUAUACACACAUUUUAUAAUAGUAAUUUAUUGGCAAUUUAGUUGGAUAAUUAGUUGAUAUGAAAGGAACUCAGGUGGGGAAUUAUAUUCAUACUUGUUUUUCUACUCCCCUCAGCGGGUGUGCGGAAGGCAGUAGGGAGCUGGGAAGUGGGGGGCAGGGAAAUGAAAUUGAAAUUCCUCCUGUCCUUAAGAUGGCACCGCUUCCUCAUUGUUUGGGGAAUUUUCACAGAGAGGAGCUAUGCAGAGAUCCACACCCUGGCGUUGGACCAGAACCACAGGGCAGAGUUGAACCUGGACAUGGUGGGGCAUGUUCUGGCUCACCUUCAGGCCCUACUCACCUCCAGGGUUUGCAGGGCAGCUUCCCUCCUGUUCUCCAAGGGUGGGCACCGCUGGAUUGAGAAUUAAGGUGCAGCCACACAAGUCUGAGCUGGGAGCGGGAAGGGGUGUGAAGGCAGGACUGGAGCAACCCGUGUCCCGAGGCCUGGGCAAGGUUGGCCUCCUGGUCGCUGCUCAGCUGAGACCUUCAUCUCCCUCAAAGGAAUGUUCCUCGGCUAAUCCUCUUCCUUGUGGCUGACAUGGAGAAACAGAGACAGUGAGGAGCCAAGACUGGGAAAUGGAGGGGUUUUUCACAAACCUCCCAGUGGCUUACUUGAGUGGAACCUCCAUUUCCCUGGCUUUCAGGAAAGCAGCGUCCUAGAUUCUGUCAAGUGCCUGGAGAAGCCUUGCCUGAGAAUGCGGAUUUUAGAGCCAUUGUUUUAUGUUACGAGGGUGUCUCUUUGGGGCUCUGUUUGUUUUCCCUCUUGAUUUUCUGUGUUUUGAAGAUGCUUUGCCGAGUGGCACAGAGAGAAGCCCACUCCAUCUGAGCAUUGACCAGCAAUUGGUUGAUUGACUGAUUGAACAGGACCCUGGGAGGGAGCUGGCUUUGAAAUGAACUUCCUGUUCCAUCUGACUGUUGGACCACUGCUGUCCCCUAACCCGGGUCUGCACCUGGGGAGAGCAACCCCACUGCCACUGUCUGUCCUGGUCACCUCAGAAUAGAAUUGUGUUUCCUAGUGCUCACCCUGGGGGCGUGAAGCCACACCAGCCUGGCUGGGGAGAAGGAAGCUCAGUGUUUUAGUGGAGCCUGGGAGCAAAUAUGCCUGCACGGAGGGCACUUAGAAGGGUGUGUGUGUGCGUGUGUGGGUGUGUGUGUGUACUGAGACGUGAAAGCAAGGAUUGGGGUGAAAGUGUUGGUGAGGGAGCAUGUGGGUGAGUGGGGGCCUGUUCCUUUGUCUUCUUCCCCAGUCCUUCCAGCUCUAAGGAGGGUCGGGGGCAGCCAUUAUCGAAGGUAAAAUAAGAAGAAAGAGUUUCUGACUCAGAAGUAACAGUCAGUGUAACGUAGGCUGUGUCCCUUUGACUCUGAAUCCUACGAUUCUCUGAUCCCCACGUUGCCUUUAGAGAAAAAGGGAACAAGAAGGGCCUCUGUGGUGGGUCUUGGGAGGGAAGAGAAAAUAGCCUGAGAGAGGUGGGGGGAGUCGAGCGUGAGUGCGGAGCCUCUCGCAGCCUUUGGAAAUGAAAGCAUGGAGAGGAAGAGGGAGCGCAGACAUUUCAAAAGAUCAAGGAGCAGCGUGAGAGACACAAAGGGAGGGGAAGGGAGCAGGAGGUUAAGUAGGACAAGCAAAGACGUUGGAGUACGGCGUCCGCGGCCGACCACGCACCGAAGGGGGGACCCAGGCAGGUGGGGAAGGAGGAAUUAGAGCAGAGAAAUGAGCACCGAGGAAGGCAGAGGGCAAAGACACCACAGGGAUGAAGACAAAAGAAUAGGGAGGGAGAGAACAAAGACGAAGAAGACCUAUAAGCUAUUUUGGUGCUAGGUAACGUGAACGUGUUACAGUAAAUAAAAGCCAAAAGUAAUGUUUGAUUUUACAGUAUUUAGAAAGCAUAUGCUUUAAGCAGCCCACAAACUUCAUCCACUUUUCUGAUUAUGUGGGAGGACCAGCCCCAGUGCAGGCAGAGGGAAACGAUUUGGUUCCAGCCUGGAUUUUGUGCCUUGAAACACUUCUCAAGAAGCAAGAAUAAAACAAGUGCCCUUGUUUGCUGG